AGUCGGCCAAUCCCCUCUCCUCCGUUGGCCGUUGCCUCCUCCUUCCCGUUUCCUCUCGAGCCACCACCAAACUGCGUCGGGCUAGAUGGAAUCUUUGCCGUGCCGGAUAUGAACAGGACCAGCCGGGCACAGCACGAGCACCGGGCCACAGGCCACUGACCUCACCCACCCGCUCGUCAACCAAUCCGAUCCGGUCCCAUCGUGAACGUGCUCGCGCGCGCGUGCGCGCUGGGCGCUGCCAAGCCUGCGACUACGAGCAGCAACAGAUUUUAACCGCCGCCGCCGAUGUCAGCUAUGGCGCGGAGGCUGAGCUCCAGCUGCAGCAGGGCCGUCGCGUCCUCGUCCUCUUCCAAAUCCAUCCCAUCUUCUCUGCUGCCGCGCCGUAUAUAUACCCUCCCUUCCCGCCCGCUGCUCCUCGCUCCGUGUCCUCCGCUCCCUCUUCCUCCCACUCCGUCUCGGUGCGUGCGGAUCCGUCCCGAAUUCGUUGCUGCCAUCGCCGGUGUUCGUUUAGGAGUCUCGCGGCGGCCAAGGGGUCGUCGGCGACGUCGAGCAGCGUCUCGCCGACACAGCAGCAGUCCCGGAGUACGAGAGAGGAAGGCGAGAUGACCAUCUCCUCGUCCGUCAAGCUCGCCGGAGGCACGCUGUCGGUAUGCGGGCGGACGGUGCUGUCCGGGGUGCCGGACGCGGUGGUGGCCUCGUCGGCGGCGGCGGGGGGAGCGGUCGACGGGGUCUUCAUCGGCGCCGACUUCGCCGAGCCCGCCGCCCGGCACGUCGUCUCCCUCGGGGACCUGAGGGGCGUGCGGUUCAUGGCGUGCUUCCGGUUCAAGCUCUGGUGGAUGGCGCAGCGGAUGGGGGAGAAAGGCGGCGACGUCCCGCGCGAGACGCAGUUCCUGCUCGUCGAGUCCAAGGGCGCCGGCGACGGCGCCGCGGCGGCGUACGUCGUGUUCCUGCCCCUCGUCGAGGGCGCGUUCCGUGCCAGCCUCCAGGGCGGCGCGGGCGACGCGCUGGAGCUCUGCGUCGAGAGCGGGGACGCGGAGACGCGCGCGGCGUCCUUCGAGCGCGCGCUCUUCGUGGGCGCCGCGGAGUCCGACCCCUUCGCGGCCAUCUCCGGCGCCGUCGGUGCCGCCAAGUCCGCGCUCAGGACGUUCCGGGUCCGCGCCGAGAAGAAGCUGCCGGGCAUCGUCGACUACUUCGGCUGGUGCACCUGGGACGCCUUCUACCAGGAUGUCACCCAGGAGGGCGUCGAGGCCGGGCUCCGCAGCCUCAUCGCCGGCGGCGCGCCGCCCAAGUUCGUCAUCAUCGACGACGGCUGGCAGUCCGUCGGCACCGACAAGUCCGCCACCGACACCGACACCGACGAACCUGCCGGAGAGGACAAGCCGCCCCGCCUGUCUCGCCUCACCGGCAUCAAGGAGAACAGCAAGUUCCAGAACGUGGACGACCCGGCCGCCGGCAUCAAGACGGUGGUGCGCGCGGCGAAGGAGGAGUACGGGCUCAAGUACGUCUACGUCUGGCACGCCAUCACCGGCUACUGGGGCGGCGUCCGACCCGGCGAACCCGGGACGGAGCACUACCGCUCCAGCAUGCAGUUCCCCAAGGUCUCGCCGGGCGUCAUGGAGAACGAGCCCGGCAUGAAGACCGACGUGCUCACCGUGCAGGGACUCGGCCUCGUGCACCCGCGCGCCGUGUACCGCUUCUACGACGAGCUCCACGCCUACCUCGCCGCCGCCGGUGUCGACGGCGUCAAGGUAGACGUGCAGUGCAUCCUGGAGACGCUCGGCGCCGGCCACGGCGGCCGCGUGCAGCUCACCAGGCAGUACCACCAGGCGCUCGACGCCUCCAUCGCCAAGAACUUCCCGGAGAACGGCAUCAUCGCCUGCAUGAGCCACAACACCGACGCCCUUUACUGCUCCAAGCAGACGGCGGUGGUGAGGGCGUCGGAUGAUUUCUAUCCGAGGGACCCCGUGUCGCAUACGAUCCAUAUCGCCUCGGUGGCGUACAACAGCGUGUUCCUCGGCGAGUUCAUGCUGCCGGACUGGGACAUGUUCCACUCGCUCCACCAGGCCGGCGACUACCACGGCUCGGCACGCGCGAUCAGUGGAGGCCCGGUCUACGUCAGUGAUGCCCCCGGGAAGCACAACUUCGAGCUGCUCAAGAAGAUUGUCUUGCCCGACGGCUCCAUUCUCCGCGCGCGUCUGCCAGGCCGGCCGACCAAGGAUUGCCUGUUCACCGACCCGGCACGCGACGGCGUCAGCCUGCUCAAGAUAUGGAACAUGAACAAGUUCACCGGCGUGCUCGGCGUGUACAACUGCCAGGGCGCGGCGUGGAGCUCCGUGGAGAAGAAGAACACCUUUCAUCAUACCGGCACCGAGGCCCUGACCUGCGGUAUCAAGGGCAGCGACGUCCACCUCAUCUCCGAGGCCGCGACGGACCCUGAAUGGAACGGCGACUGUACCGUGUACCGACAUGCCGACAGCGACCUCGCCGUCCUCCCGUACGGUGCGGCGUUGCCUGUCUCUCUCAAGGUCCUGGAACAUGACAUCCUCACCGUGUCACCGAUCAAGGACUUGGCACCUGGUUUCAGGUUCGCCCCGAUUGGGCUGGUGGACAUGUUCAAUAGCGGCGGGGCGGUGGAAGGCCUGACCUACCACCUCCUCGGCGGCGCAAAGCUGCUCGACGGCGGCAACGGUUCUGCUUCGGGCUCCGAGGCUGUCGGAUUGGCGUGCAUGGAGGUGAAGGGCUGUGGAAGGUUCGGUGCCUACUCUUCAGUCAGGCCAAGGAAAUGCAUGCUGGGUUCAGCUCAGCUGGAGUUCUCCUAUGAUUCUUCCUCAGGGCUGGUGGUUCUUCAGCUGGAGAAGAUGCCCAAGGAGAGGGUUCACAAGAUUGUUGUCGAGUUGUAGGGUGGUAUUGCCACCAGUGGUACAAAAAUGUAGGUUCAUUGGUAAUCAGAGUCCACUCUGAUGAGUAUGAAGUUGUACUAGCUUAUUGAUGGUAGGGACUGGAGUGGCGUAUGGUUUGGUAGGCAAAUGUGAUUCAUGAUUCAAUUGAAAGGAAUAUGCGCAUACUGUCUGACUGUUCUACUUGUCUGAAGUCUGAACAAAUGGCCUUCGGUAUUUUCUUA